CUGGGAUCUGGGGACAUCUCAUCUCAAUAUCAACCUUCAACCAAGGUUCCAAGGUGAAUUUCCCAGGGAAUACGAUGUCCAUGCAAAGAGAAUACUGAAGCUCUUCGGACAGACUCGACAGAGUAGAAUCUCACAGUGUCACAACGAAAAGUGUUGCGGUCUUCGACUCAGCACUUCCUCACGUAGAUUUACUGUCAGAUGAGUUGGCCGACGGAAAUACAGUCUAGCGAGAUCAACUCCACCGUCGGAGCGGAGUUCUUGCAUACAAACUCGUAUUGAAGAACAAGAUCAGCACGAUCACGAGAAUCAUGAACCUGGGCGCGUUCACUCAGCAACAAAACCCGGAAGAUCUCUACCAAUCCAGAGCCUCUCGACGUCAGUCUGCCAGCAAAGCGCACGAGAAUGGUGGGGGAGGCUCGUACUUACAGCAGGUGCCGUGCGCUGCGCUUCACCCUUUGCAGCCCAAUCCGGAAAUAGCAACUGGGGCUCUGCCUCCGUAGCUCGUCGUGAGUCGUGACUUCCUGUGAGAAUACGAGAAAACAGACAAUUCACCUGAUUGUGAGAUGGUGAAGGCAGGAACAUCUGAUGCUGUGAGGGGUAGAAGCAGCUUAUAAGGACUGCUUCUCCCCCUCUCCCAUCUCUUCUCAUCAUCAUCUUUCAUCAUCAUCAUUCUUCGCAUUCAAACAUCAUCAGAACUCCAGUUCCAUACUUGCUCAAGCAAUAACAUUCCCAUCUCAUCUCUUCAAAACCACAAUCAACACUUCCAAUCUUCAACAUGCAAUUCCCAACUUUCUCCGUUGUUGCAGCUCUCAUCGCUUCUGCAUCCGCCAUCACAGUCUCAUAUGGUGAGUACUUCUCUUCAUCCAUUUCUGAUGCUUCGCCUCAAAAACACUAUCCAACCAAAAGAUUCCUACUAACUCUUCCACCCAGACAACGCAUACGACGACGCCGGACGCUCUCUCGCCUCAGUGUCCUGCAGUGAUGGUUCCAACGGCUUCCUCACCAAGGGCUACACCACCCAGGGUUCUCUCCGCAACUUCCCCAACAUCGGAGGUGCAUCCACAGUUGCUGGCUGGAACUCUCCCAAUUGUGGUGAAUGCUACCAACUCAGCUACGAGGGUCGAUCCGUCAACGUUCUCAUCGUUGACCACGCCGGCGAGGGAUUCAACAUUGCCUUGGGAGCUAUGAGCACUUUGACUGGCGGCCGGGCAAUUGAUCUUGGACGUAUCGAUGCUGGAUACACCCUGGUUGACAAGAGCCAGUGUGGAUUGUAAAGAGUCUCUGGACGGAAUUUUUGAGAUGAAGCAUCAUGAUAAGCGGCAUUGAAGGGCGUUGGUAAUGGUUAAUGAAUGGGGUUUUGGUGAUCAGUAAUGGAUGGUGUUUGUACUUAAUCUGGGGUGGUAUUACAUGGCUAUCGAAAUGAAAUGAAUCUCAUGGUAGUA